AUGAUAGAACGUGCCAAAAAUAUCGUUUGCACUGAUUCUGGUGAGUCAAGCCAGAACAGUGUGCCUUCGACAAGUAAGUUCGUCAGAGAAAAUAAGACAACAACAUUAUCAGUGAAAUAUGCUGAUAGUCAAGUUACUUUAGAUACGAAUAGUAUUCCUGGCCCAUCUCGUCUGACACCUGAAGAGGAGUGUUUUCACGAUUUCUCGGACAACGGUUCUUCUGAUGAUUACAUACCAAGCUGCUCAGAUACAGAAAGUAGUUGUGAUUCUGAAUCUGACGACAAAUUCAUCAAACGAAAAAUAACUAAUACAACUGAAAAUCCUGUCAGAAAUGAAGAAAUGCCUGAAGAUUCAGAAACUAUGGAGAUUUCCCAAAACAUGCUUCGGUAUGAAGAUAUAGUAGAUAUUGGCAAAGACAAAAACCAUAAGUUCCCUGUAGUAGGUCAUUCCUAUCUGGACUCCGAUAGAGACUUCGGAAGAAUUGAGAAAGUACUGAGGAAACAUUCCACCAUCUAUACUCCUGGUGAAUAUAGAACAAUCAUAAAGUCAGCCUCAGUGAAACACUCUGUAGUUUUCAAUAUGGAAAAUCACUUCAAAAAUAUUGAAGAAAUUGAGGAGAAAAUGCAUUUGUACAAUAGAAAAAAAAAUGUUUUAAAUGACCCAGUAUGUUUUCGCGAUGGCGUCAAGUGGAUACGCGUCGAAGAAUAUGGAAGUUACUUAUACAAACAUACUCUGGAUGAAUGUACGCCUUUUCUGAAAGUAGAUAUUAUGAGGAGUAAAUGUAAAGAAAUUGAACGGAAAGACUUUACUCUACGUAGUGUCACGCUAAAACAGAAUAAAAUAUCCGAAGAAAAAAUUUCGAACCUGCAAGAACAGCUGGUCAUGGGGCAAACAUGGACGAUUGUAUACUUUCUAAUGGAGAAUAGUGUCGAGGCUGUUCCUACUAUAUGGAUUGUUGGCAAUAUGUGCUAUUGGCCAUCCUUCACUGCCGACAAAGUAAAUAAGGCCAUUAGGAACUACGAACAUCCAGAUACGUGCUGCGAAUCUUUUGAAAUACGAAGUUUCCGAAAUGCUACCUAUAAUACAUAUAAAGAAGCUUCUCACAAAUCGGGAGUAGCUAUAAAUAAUAGUGACAUAAAUGAAGAAGAAGAAGAAUCUCGAGAAACUAGAAAAUCAAGAAGUGAAAAAAGAAUUUGA